GCUCGACCAGCUUACGGUGAUGUCAUUUUCUGACUCCAACUUUCCGCUGACCAUAGACGCACCUGAAUUUGUUCGUUACUUCAAUGUGUUGUCAACAAAUCCGAAAUCUACACGUAAUGCCAUAUGCGCCAUGCAUAUAAUAUCAGUGAUCAUUUUUACGGCACGUUUGUUACCCGACAAUGAGCGGAAACGAUGCAUCGGCUAAACUGUGAUAUGACUGCUUACGAAAAUUAUGCGGAUGAGGCCUAUUUUUCAUAAUAUUUGUAACUCAAAGCGAUUUGUGAGCAGCUGGACUGCCGAUUUGGCAAUAAGUGAAAUUUACGGAUGUCCUGAUUAAUCAACGUUAAGUAACGGAAGACCGAAAUAAUGUCCAAUGUGCAAUCUACCGAGUGGGACGUUUAUUUCCCUGUACGCGAGCCUCCCUUAAAUAUCCAAAGCAGAUUUCCGGAAAUGCCACUUCUGAGGGCGAUGCUGCUCCAGAACAAACCUCCAUGCUCCAUUCCGAAUGCCAACACAGUUCAAGGCAACAUGGUGCAACACCACCGAGCAGUAAGCCAACCAAAUGCGAUGCCACAACGAGACAUUGGAAUAAACAACAAAUAUACCCGCUCAUCAAUGGUUGCUGAGCAUCACUCCGAAGCCACUCCUCGUUCGUUCGGUCAGUCGUGCUCGACAUCGAGCAUCCUAAAAACGCAGGGUGUUUUCGAAAAAAUACCAAGAAACAGUAGUGUGCGCGACGUGUACGAUAUUGCCCCGGAAAUAAGAAAGGAAAUCGUUGAUUUAUUUGACAAAGGUCUUAACCGCUCUGACAUAAUGAAGAGGUUCUGUCUGUUCCCCUACCAAUUCAAGCAGGUGUUGUACGCAGCUGGAAGAACGGGAUUCAUUAGAGAAGGGGAUCAAAAACGGUAUCAACUACUGCGACCUCUUGUCCUGAAGCGGUUCAAGCGGGGCUGGCCUUAUCAAAAAAUCAGCGAGCACGCCAAAACUAACAUCGCGUUAGUGGACAGGAUUUUAAGUAGUGCUGGCUUAAUUCCAAAAACACAACCCGGACAGUCAGUUACGGCUGACGUUCCUGUGAUAACCUCUUCGUUGCCAUCCAUAAAGCAGAAAAAGAAUGAAGCCGUCUCCAUUACGAAGCUGCAGGAGAUGCUAGGAAUUUCGGGUUGCCCAGAAGAAAUAACUUCAUUUACUAGACGACCGCCGAAUCCAGCCGCAGAAGAAGCGCACCCGCCCAACUCGGCAAACAACGCAACAACGAACAUGUUUUGGCUGGAAAAGCUUUUAAAGGAAGACGGUCUGACUCCAGAACUCCGACCCCGGUCGUUCGCUGCCGGCGACACUGUGGCAACCUUCCCCUUACAGUUCGCAGACCAUAAUGAAGCCGCUGCGAUUACGGAGCGUGAUGCUCGACUGCGGGAUUUACUUAGCCCAGAAAAGCUGAUUGAUCCAUGUACAAUGACUGGCAACGGACACCAUGAUCCAGCCGCAGAAAACUGGUGUACACCAAGCCCCGGAAGCGAAGUUUGCGGUAGUACCGGCAUUUUGCUAAAUGACCGGCAGUGCAGCGAGUUAUUCCCCAUCGAAGAGGAUGCAAUGUUUUGCCCGAAAGAGGGCGAUAACGCUUACGACCCGAAUGUGCUGAAAGAUCGUGCAAGAGCGGAUAUUGUGGACGUUGGCGUCGAUAUGAACAUUGCUCCGGUGCAACCUCUGGGAUGGCCCAGCAUUACAGCAAACAGAUGCAUGGAAACUGCUCCAGAAUUAUCGCUGCUGCAGCCGGACAGCGCGAGCACGAGCGAUCUUAGCCAAAGAUUCCAGUGCCAGAUCUGCCACUUGUCCUGGGACGAAGAGGAAGCAUUUUUGUUACAUUUGACAAACAAAGAACAUGAACAGCUUUUUGCCAUUAGAACAUUCCUGUAUUGUACAGGAUGCCUUUUAGGACCCGCAAACCAGCUACGAUGGGCAAACAUAUUGUUAAAUACCAAUCGGAAAGUACGCUGCAGAACUGUAAAAUGCAUUGUAUUUCAAGUGUCCACUGAUUGAAUAGUUCCUAAUAUCCACUGAAUAAUUCGUUUAUUGAUUGUAUUAGUUUUGAUUGUAUUGUUGUUUUCCUAUCACCAAGUUCACUGCC